UUUGUGGUUUCCCCAGCUUUGGAUAGUCCUUCUCACUGCAGCACCAUCCUGUUGUUCAUCUUUGGUGUCAUCUUCCUGGUUGGCAUCCUUGGCAACAGCAUCGUCAUCUACACUAUAAUGAAGAAAACUAAAUGCCGCGCCAAGCAAACCGUCCCGGACGUCUUCAUCCUCAACUUGUCAAUUGUCGACAUGCUCUUCCUGCUCGGGAUGCCCUUCUUGAUCCAUCAGUUGCUCGGCAAUGGCACAUGGCGCUUCGGCGCCACCAUGUGCACGGUCAUCACGGCGCUGGACUCCAACAGUCAGAUAGUGAGCACGUACAUCCUCACGGCCAUGACGCUCGACCGCUACGUCGCUACGGUGCAUCCCAUCCGCUUCAACUACAUCCGCACGCCGUGCGUGGCCUCAUUCGUCAUUGCUGUGGUCUGGGCUCUCUCCCUGAUCACCAUCAUCCCCGUGUGGAUGUACGCCGACCUCAUGCCCCUGCCGGGUGGACUAGUAGCCUGCGCUUUGCUCUUGCCUGACCCCGUCACCAACAUGUACUGGUUCACACUCUACCAGUUCUUCCUGGCCUUUGCCAUCCCUCUUGCCAUCAUCUGUAGGGUGUUCUUCAAGAUACUGCAGCACAUGUCUAGCAGUGUGGCCCCGCUCCCCCAGCGGAGCCUGAGGGUACGCGUCAGGAAUGUGACAAGAAUGGCGGUGGCCAUUUGCUUGGCCUUUUUUAUCUGCUGGGCACCCUACUACAUCCUGCAGCUGGUCCACCUGGGUAUACAGAACCCUAGCAUUGCCUUCUCCUAUGCCUACAACAUUGCCAUCAGCAUGGGCUACGCCAACAGCUGCAUCAACCCCCUUCUUUACAUCAUCCUGAGCGAGACCUUCAAGAAGCAUUUCCUCAGGGCCGUGCAGCCGACCAACAGGAAGUUUAACGUCAACUCCAGCACCACGGAGGCUGGCAGUCUGAGCAUGAGGAUUGUACCCGAAGGGCCUCAAAUGGCACCGGUGGCAAGGGAGAUACCAUCUAGUGUCGCCCCACAGUGA